AUGUUUGGCAAGGACCUGUUGCAGACGCUUCAGGAUAAGGGGAUAGAAAGUAUGGAGGAUCUGAAUGAGUAUAUUAGUGUGACAGAAAGGGAUGGUGAAUUACUAGCAGUAAUAUGUGACAUGUUUUCAGACGGGAUAGUUGACCGCACUACGUUGGUACCAGUGCUGAGCAGAGAUCCAGGCUUCGAGGAGACAUUUCCGAGCAGGCAACGAGCCUAUGGAGUAAAAGCAUGGACACGAGCAGAUGAAGAUUCUGCCACGGAGAAGUCGGACGUCACCGAUUGGAGCAGCUUACGCGCCAGCCUCGAGGCAGCAUUCGGAGAUAUCGGGACGACAAAGCGGCACAUCAGCACUGAGGACAGACUGCUAUGGACACUUUAUGACAUGGUUCCAGUGUAUGACGCAUCAGGUAAUCGCAUGGAGUUCAUGGGAGCUGUGAAGAUUGCAGUAGAAUUAGAAGGAGGUGUGUAUACCAUCAAAGGUCGAAGUGUAGAUGUAUCCGUGGUGAACGAUAGCGAUGAGCCCAUGAUCUGUAGAGAAGGAGACGUGAUAGGUCAGUGGGGGACAGAGAAAUGGCGUGAGGGUUGGGAAGAUGUGAACCCGCUCAUGCUGGAUAGUACAUCCCUGAUAUGA